AUGCUAUUCGAACCUGGGUCUGUUCCUCCAGGACCGCCUAUUGAAACGAAGAAAGCCUUGAUCUUGCUCGACUUCCAAAACGACUUUGUCAAGCCCAACGGAAACCUUCCCGUCACCAACGUUGAACCCUUUUUGUCCGACCUGUUAUGUCUAGUGGACGAGUUCCGUGCCAAGGGGGAGGUCAUAUGGGUUGGCACUGAGUACAGACAAUCUCGCUCGGCCAUCUCUUCUGUGACAGGGUCUCACUCUAUUAUCCUCAAGCAACAUAUUCAGCGGCAGGAUUUAACCGAAGAAAGGAGUGAGUACUACAACGACCCGGGUCACACACGCUCACCUCGCGAAGAUCCGCUGUCGCCCUCGCCGAAUCCAGAUGUCACCCAUGAUCGAGAAGCUUUUCUCGCCCCCCUCUUGACCACCACCAAGUAUAGAUGCUGCAAGCCUGGGUCGUCGGGUGCCGACUACCCCAAAUGCAUCAAAGAGGCCAUUGAUCCAAAACGAGACCUGGUCAUGCUGAAAUCCCACUACUCAGCGUUCGACGACACAUCCCUUCUCAUGCAUCUGCGAUCCCACCUCAUCACAGAAGUCUACAUCUGCGGCACUCUAUCUAACAUUGGCGUUUACGCCACCGUCCUGGACGCCGUUUGCCAUGGCGUCCAAGUCACGCUCGUUGAGGAUUGUCUCGGUUACAUCGAUGAGACCUGUCAUAUCGAGGCGAUGCGUCAAAUGGCCGACACCUUGGGUGCAAACGGGAUCGACUGUCAGGAGCUGCGUGACGAUGUUGCCGGCCUUCUUGGUGACGUUAUCCACGAGGAGGACUAUCCCACCAGAUUCCAGGUCAGCCUGCCACCACCCGCUCGGACCACAAGGUCGCAUACCUCGAGAAGGCAUAUUCAUGACUGGAUUUCCGGCCUCGAAGCCGAGGAGGCUCCUACGGCUUCACCCGCCAAGGCCGACGGAACGCCAUCGAAAGAGAUGGACCAGAGCGGCACAAGCUGGCGUGACUCCAACACACCAAGUGAGUCAUCUCGUAGAUCCAUGAGACAUACAUCAGUUGAGCGCAGUCCUCCCCGGAAAAGAUCAACCAGUGAUCUGGAUCCCUUGGACGAAGAGCGCGCCCUUAAGUUAUCCCAAAAGCCUUCUUCCCGUCGUACCUCGACUCAUGCUGAGCAACUGAAAACCAAACAGACACAGCAAUCGACCCGAAAGCGGCGACCUUCACACGAAUCAUCAAUCAUAUCUUCUACCCCUACGACCUCGGCCCUGCACCAGACGCUUUCAACCGGAAAGCCCUCUACUCAAAAGGAAAUGUCGGAAACUGAUCAACUCGCGGCCGAAAACCCACCCCUGGAAGCGAAACAAGGAAACAACCAAGCAGCCGGUCCAAAGAAGAAAAAGACGACACCAAACAUCCUUGGUCCCGGGGACAAAUUAGGACAGGAUGACUGCAAACUCUACACCGGCAUCCUCGAUCAAACAGAAGCUGAACAAGCCUUUUACUCCUGUAGAAGUGAUAUCAGAUGGCAAAAGAUGUAUCACAGAUCCGGCGAAGUGCCUCGCUUGGUCGCUGUCCAGGGAUCCGUGUCUAAGGAUGGGAUGGAGGUUCCGAUCUAUCGACAUCCAGCGGACGAAUCUCCUGAAUUAUUGCCUUUCGAUGCAGUGGUCAACAUGCUACGGAGGGCAGCAGAAAAUAUUGUUGACCACCCACUGAACCAUGCUUUGAUUCAGUGGUAUCGCCACGGCGAGGACAACAUUUCUGAGCAUUCUGACAAGACACUCGAUAUUGUCCGGGGAUCACAAAUUGUCAAUGUAAGCCUAGGGGCACAGAGAACCAUGAUGCUAAGGGCGAAGAAGUCCGCUAUCAUAUCUAGCGAGGGGAACCGAGAUCCGGAUGCCCCGAGACCUUCCCAGCGAAUCCCUCUACCUCAUAACUCACUUUUUGUCCUCGGCCAGGAGACCAACCGGCAAUGGUUACAUUCCAUUCGAGCUGAUAAACGACCCGUUUCAGAGAAGACACCCCCCGAACUGGCAUUCGAUGGAGAGAGGAUCAGCUUCACAUUUAGACACAUUGGCACAUUUAUCAAUCUCGCCGACAACACAAUCUGGGGACAGGGAGCGACAGGCAAACAACGACGGGAUGCCAAGCCUCUACUGACAGGUGCCGAGGCGGAAAAAGAGGGCGAAGCUAUGAUUCGAGCUUUUGGGCAAGAGAAUCAUCGCAGUGCAGACUGGGACUGGGAUGAGUGGUACGGACGGGGCUUCGACGUGGUGAACUUUGAGACCAAACCAGCCGACGAGGUCGACACAGGCAUUGAGGAGAUAGGAAGCAAGACAAAGGGCGAGAAGAGGAAGAUCACCGAUGAUGGCGAAGCCCCCGUCAGGGCCGGGUCUGCACCUUUUUGA